AUGGAAAUCCAACGUCAACACUCUUUGAAUGACGCUGAUGGUUACAGACGCAUUGUUGACUACACCUCCGACCCCAUCAAUGGCUUCAACGCUGUUGUCCGUCGUGAACCUUUGGUUGCCGCUGUUGCUGCCCCCGUUGUCAAAGCUGCCCCUGUUGUAGCUGCCCCUGCUGCCGUUCCAUUCACAUAUGCUUCCGCCCCUGUCGUUCAACACUCCGCUCCAUUGGUUGCUGGCCCAGCUGUAGUGAAAACUACUUUCGCAUCUCCCCUUAUCUCUUAUGCUUAUUAG